UAGGUAGCGUAGAGCAUCCUCGCUGCGCACGUGAUGUAACAACUUGAACUGAACGCAGCGUGGAUUUAUUACGUUCGUGGGUCGUCACGUAAAAAUACCGCGACAGGUAUUUGCGUGAACCGUAUACCGAUUAAUAAAUACCAGAGUGAAGAAUCGUCCCAUCAAAAAUGUUGUCGCGAAUGUCUCUAAGGCUGCACAAUCGAACGCUGGCAAAGACGUAUAGUGUGUCAAAGGUUCUCGUUUCUCACAGAUCACUUCACGUGACACGUAAAUUUGAAAAUACAGGAUUGAAAAAUUUCCCCUCUUUGGGGCUAUCGCGACACAAACCUAUCCUUGGAACAGCUUUCGUUCGAUGUGCCAGCACAGUUGAGGAUAAAAUACCUGACAACCUCCUGCCGAACAUACCGGAACCUCCGUCACUACCUGCACCAGAAGUGGUAGAUAUUGUUCAGGGUUUAAGUGAACCACCUAUUACCGCUCUAGGCCUAGGAAGCAACUGGCCACCGGGGCUCAUUCAGUCUGCUUUAGAAUACUUACAUAUUGGUUUGGGAUUACCAUGGUGGGGGACAAUAAUGAUCGGCACCAUAUGCGUGAGGCUUUUAGUGUUCCCACUUGUCAUUAAGGCGCAAAGGAAUUCAGCAAAAAUGAAUAACUACAUGCCUCAAGUACAAUAUCUUCAGGCUAAGAUGACAGAGGCAAGAGAAUAUGGAAAUGAUUUUGACGCUGCAAGAUACGGACAGGAUCUUUACACAUUUAUGAAAUCUAAAGGGAUUUCUCCAUUAAAAAGUGCUUUGGUGCCUUUGGUACAGGCACCAUUUUUUGUGUCGUUUUUCAUGGCACUCAGAGGUAUGGCAAACGCUCCAGUGGAAAGUUUGCGCACAGGAGGUCUUUGGUGGUUUACAGAUUUAACUAUUCCUGACCAAUACUAUUUGUUACCGCUGAUAACUAGCGCUACAAUGUAUGUAACGAUAAAGAUUGGAGCUGACGGGUUAAAACUGGAUACUUUGGGACCUGGAUUUAUGGCACAUGCGAUCAAAGCAAUUCCUAUCAUUAUGUUUCCAUUCAUCAUGCAUUUUGACGGAGCUAUAUUAGUUUACUGGACAUCGACAAAUUUUAUAUCUUUAGGUCAAGCUAUGCUUUUGAAGGUUCCAUCAGUUCGAACCUUUUUCAAAAUCGAAGCAACUAUUAAGCAUGCACCGACGCAACUUGCUCCCAACAAAGGAUUUGUCAAAGGAUUCAAAGAAUCUUGGUCCAACAUGAAACUGGCUGGGGCAUUACAAGACAGAGGCGAAGCAGAUCACAUGGAAUUUGAACGGGCUGGACGGGGGCCUGUACCAAAAACGUAUAAAUAUAAUCCCACUGCACAAACACCACCACCGACACGGAUUAUGGCCCGGAAACGGGAUUGAGUUAUUGUAAAUAUAUUGUGAUAAUAAAAGGAAAACUUUAGCCAUAA